UGCGAUUCCGCUCUCCGAUGCGCGAACUGCAAUGUCCGGCGGCCGAUCAUGGAUACUAUCAAACUAACCGUUCCAGCCGGAGGUUCGCGGCCAGGGCCACCGGUUGGUCCCGAUCUAGGUGAGUACAAGUUGAACUCGAUGGCAUUCUUCAAGGAUUUCAAUGCCAGGACGCAGAAAUCCAAAUCGGAUGCUCCAGUGGCAGUUACAAUCACCGCGAAUAAGGAUGAUACUUUCGAUUUUGAUUUUACUGUCAAAUCUCCAUCGGUAACUUGGUACCUUAAGAAGGCUGCUGGCGACUGGCGUGGAAUCUGGAAGCAGCCGUCCAGGACACGUUGUAGCCUCAACUGUAACUCUGAAGCACGUUUACGAAAUCGCAAAGGGAUUGGUCGUUUUCUAUGGGUUAAACAUGAACCCUUUAACCAUAACUACAUGUAUGUUUAUGUCUAAAAAGAAGUCAUCUUCUUCAUCAAUCUUAGCAUCCUCAAAAUCAUAUUCCCC